AUGUCUGAGAACACAAAAAGACCAAGAAUUAAGAAAACUUAUGGUAAACAGAGAGCCGAGAACGCGUUAAUCCUAUCUCCCAAAAAUAAUUGCAUUCUUGGUGACUUGACAAACCUACAAAGAAAUAAGGAAAAUAUUCUAGAGCAGUUUCAGAAUGGAAAAUUAUCAAAAAAACGCGUUGCACCUACAAAUAUGUAUGAUGGCUUGCCCGUUGAAUUGAAGAGAGAAAAAGACGCUUUAGGAAAGGCGUCACAAAAACCAAUUUCCGAGUUUUUCAAACCAAUAUUUGUAAUUUCAGAUGAAAAUGAAGAUUCGGGGAAUAGAUGUACAAAGAAAAAAAAGAUGAAUUCCAUGAUUCCGCAUUUCGAUUCGGAAAAUAAAAUAUCCGCCAUCACUACUACCGAGAUUAAAAGACAUGUCAAAGAAUAUGAACAAUUGUAUCUUGAUUUUGGACAAAAGAGUUUUAAUGCAUCCACCUGUCCAGAAUGUCAUAUGUCAUAUAAUCGGGGUACAAUCGAUGAUGAGGCACUACACGCAAAAUAUCACCAGGCUAUUAGCUACAAGAAUGAAAUAUUACUACAGCAAUAUCCCGAAGAUAAUGGUAGUCGUAUUGUGAUGUUAACAUUCAAUCAAUCGAGUCCCUUUGAAAAAAGAAAGAUACGCCAAAUUCUUGACGUGAUUGAUACUGAAUUAUGUGCAGUAAAAUUAAAUGAAGAAAAAUUAGAUCAAUGCAAAAUAUAUUUAUACGUUACGGAUAAAAAAAAGGUUGUAGGAUGCGUUGUGGCUGAAACUAUAUCGCAAGCGUACAGAGUCGUUGAGGAUGACAAAGGCAUGGUUCUGCAAAUUGGAACAUCAAGUGAUGGUUCCGCAAUAUUUUGUUGUCGCAUAUGGGUAUCAAGAAAACACCGGAGAAAGGGGAUUGCAACAAAAUUACUGAAUAAUAUUAGAACUCAUUUUAUAUUCGGAUGUACUCUCAAGCCCGAAGACUUUGCUUUUUCGCAACCAACUGGAGAUGGGAAAGCAUUCGCCUCUCGUUAUACUAAAACUUCGGAGUUUCUUGUAUAUGCUGAGAGAUAA